CUGAUAAAGGCUUGGUGCCGACAGUUGUCCUGCCCCUCGAUGAAGAAGGCACAGGGAGAGAGGGGGGCAGUGGGGUUUCUCUCCCUUAUACAGCUCCCUGCCAGGUUUCCUGCCCCGCUCUCAGGGCUCCUUUGCUGUGCCCCGACGGGGACGUAGCCCUUCAUCCAGGCACAGGCGGUUCCUCCCUUCCAGUGGAGCCUCCCUCAGCUGCCAUGGCCAGCGGCGGGGAUUCAGACAGCGAGCAAGUGGUGCCUGAUGAAGAGAAGGAUGGCUCAGACGUGAAAGCAGUGCAGGCCCACUACCUGCGCAGUCCUUCGCCCAGUCGGUACUCAAUGAUAUCGGACACUGAUACAGAAAGCAUAUUCAUGGAGCCUAUCCAUCUGUCAUCUGCUGUGGCUGCCAAACAAAUAAUCAAUGAAGUUAAUCGUCAGUUUGUUCCAGAACUGAAGACGAAGCACAUCAAGGUAGAUGCAGUGUGUCCCAAGAUGUUAGAGUCUGCACAACAGUUGAUGGUGGAAGACCUGUACAACCGAGUUAAGGAAAAGAUUGAUGACACCAGCUUGUUUAACACUCCAUGUGUCAUGGACUUGCAGAGGGCACUUGUAAAGGACAGGCUGGAGACUCCCAGAGAUGCCGUGGAUGAAGUCUGGCCUAAUGUAUUCAUAGCAGAAAAGAGUGUUGCAGUGAACAAAAGUCGUUUGAAGAGGUUGGGCAUUACACAUGUCUUGAACGCAGCUCAUGGUACAGGUGUAUACACAGGACCAGAUUUCUACAAUGGUCUAAAUAUCCAAUAUAUGGGCAUUGAAGUGGAUGAUUUUCCAGAUAUGGAUAUCUCCAAACACUUCCAUCCAGCUGCAGAGUUCAUGGAUGAAGCCCUGCUGACUUACAGAGGAAAAAUCCUUGUCAGCAGUGAAAUGGGAAUCAGUCGCUCAGCUGUGCUGGUGGCUGCUUACUUGAUGAUCUAUCACCAUAUGACCAUUCUGGAGGCUCUGAUGACUCUGAGAAAGAAGCGUGCCAUUUACCCCAAUGAUGGCUUCCUCAAGCAGCUAAGGGAGCUUAACGAGCAAUUAUUGGAGGAACGAGAGCUGGAGCAUACUGGAGAUGAAGAUGUUACUCCUAGUCAAAGUCCUGUCACCCACCCUGGGACAUCUUCCCGGCUGUCUGGAGCUGAGGACUCCGAAAGUAUCAUAGGACCCAAAGCACACUCCAUCACAGUAGAAGAAGAAGACAACAUCAGCAUGCUAAGUAGUUUUAUGAGCUCUUCAUCAGUGGGAAAAACUAGCUGGGUUUCAAAACGCUCCACCCUCAUCAGUGAGGAGGAAGAGGAACAGUUAUAUGAGGAAUGGAGGAAGAAACAAGGUCUACCUGCAAAGGAAUCAGCAACUGAGCAUGGAAAAAGAAUGUCACCAAGGCUUCUGGCUCAGGAAGGGGAGCAAUAUGACGAGAAUGUGGAUCGGAGGAUCCAUGACUGGCAGCGCAGAAAUGAGAAAUACCAAAUGAAGGGUCCACCCGGAGAGGAGGAUGAAAAUUCUAACAUGGGAGGAAGACCUUACCGAUCAGAUGAAUUCAGUGAUGAUGAGAGUGUAAGCAGUUUUGAGAUCCGAACCUUAAAGCGACAGUUGGAAGCCAGCAGCUUUAGCAGGAUGAGGAGGAGCCGCUCAGACUCCAUGUCUUCAGAGAGCACUUGGGACAUGUGGAACCAGAGGCUGAUGGAGAUUGAGAAGGAAGCUGUUCAGAGGUAUCGUUCUAAGAAUAAGAAUGGUGGGGAGAGACAAUCCCCAGAAACAGGAAGAAAGGAGAGGGAUGUGGAUGAGGAAAGUGUGUUGUCAGACUGUAGCUCCUUCUAUAAUUUCUGCCAAAAGAACAAAGACAAGUUGACUCCUCUAGAAAGAUGGAAGAUCAAGAGGAUCCAGUUUGGCUUUCACAAGAAGGAUUUAGAAUCAUCAUCGUCUUCUGCACCAUCUCCAGCAGAAGAUGGCAGCCAGACUGGUGAGGAGGGGACUGAAGAGAAAAAUUUCUCAGAUGUUAACCUGAGUGCUUACCAGGCUUGGAAAAUGAAGCGGCAGAAGAAGGUGGGCUCUGAAAGCAAGGAGGAAUUUGUAGAGUUUGCCAAAAGUGAAGAUUCUGCUUCAGCUAAAAAGAAGCAGAGACGUGUAGAGCUCCUUGAACGUUCAAAGAAAAUUUUAGAAGAAAGCCAGUCCAUGUGCAGCUGGGAGACAGACAGUACAAUGAGUGGGAGUAUCCCGCUGUCUGCUUUCUGGGCCUCAGCGCCUUCUGCGAAUGGUGCUGAGGAUGCAGCUUCUACACUGAGCAUGAAGACAAAUCAUUCAUCUUUAUCACAGGCCAGGAGCAGCACUGGGACAGCACAGCCAAAUAUUCCCCUUCCCAAUCUCCCAGUUGGCCCAGGUGACACGAUAUCUAUGGCAAGCAUUCAGAACUGGAUUGCUAAUGUGGUCAGUGAAACCAUUGCUCAAAAGCAAAAUGAGAUCAUGAUGCUGUCCCGUCCAUCGUCUGCAAUGGCCUCCAGUGUAAUGUCAGGAGACCUUGGCAGGCGUGUAGAUGACGAUAAGAUUUCCCUUCUCAGUUCUCAAUGUGGCUCAUCUUUUUCUGCCUCUCAUCUCGGUCAGCAGGAUGUGCACAGGGCUGAGUCUCAGUCUGUCCUGUCUUGCAAUACCUCUGUAAAUGGGAGGGCAGAAGGGACUAGUUCGAACAUGAAGACUAUGCAAACAAGCAAACCACUGUAUAGCCUCUUUGCCGAUGAUGUUGACCUAAAGAAACUCAGCAGGAAGGAGAAGGAGAUGCAAAUGGAAAUGAGAGAGAAAAUGUCAGAUUACCAAAUUGAAAAGGUGAUAAGUGACAAUAAACGCAGCACUCUAUUUAAAAAAAAGGUGACCAAAGGUGAGCAAAGUGAAGUAGAAGGUGAUGUGGAGAGUAUAACGAACAACUACAGGCACCCAUUGCAAGCAGAUCUUGACAGAAAUGAUACAAUCUUUACUCUAUCCAGUCUAUCUGCAAACACAGGUGCACUGAAGUCAGAAGUAGAGACUGAUGUUACCAAGUGGCUCAGUAGUCUGAAAGCAGAAAAACAGUCAUCAUAUCAUGAUCAAAGUGAGAAUUUCAGAGAGAAAUACAGCAGGUCAUCCAAAGUAAGAGAGAUGGAUUCUGAAACAUCCAGUUACAGAUUCUCCAGAUCCCAGAGAGAAGAGCUGGACAGUUCUUCCUAUGAGUCAAAAGGAGAUUCACUGAGAACCAUGUCAAGAUUUUCCUCUGCUUCGGCAAAAGAGGACAAAAAGAUGUAUAAGUUCACAAGGUCGAGGGUCACUGAGACAGCAAGUUCUGGUGAAAAAAGCCCGGAACUGCAUGUUUUCAGCCAAACACCGGAAUCAUCCUUUGACUCCGAAUCCCCUGAAUCAUCUACACAGAGUCGAGUCAGAUCUCAUCACGUGGAGGCGUGUGAAGAGGAGGCCAUGUCAGACAUGUCAGAAUUUGGAGCUAAGAGAAAGUUCACUCAGAGCUUUUCAAAGUCUGAAGAGAAUGGAAAGAAAGAGGCAAAAGUGGAACAAAGUGAAGAGAGAUUUGCAUCUAGACAGUUCUCCCAGUACAAGCGAAGUGUGCGUAAAGAGGAGGAAGAAGAAUUGGAUGAUGAUGCUAUUAUUGCUGCAUGGAGAAGCCGACUAGAAGAAACUACAGCAAAACUCCGUCGGAGAAAGGAAGAGUGACCAAGGAUCAGAUUAGAGGAACACAAGCAGAGUUUGUCAUACUUUCUUCACCAUGCAGAGAAUGAGGAUUUCAAACAAGUGUUUUAAUUCACCGUUACAACCACAAGUCUUUUUCAUGGAGAACUGUGCUACCCCUGGCUAUCGUGAUGCUACAGGAGAGCUGCACCUAAUGACCACUUUAUUGAAUCCUAGAAUCAUUGAGGUUGGAAAAGACCAUUAAGAUCACCAUUAAGAUCCAACCACCGUCCCAUCCCCACCAUGCUCACUAACUACGUCCCUCAGUGCCACCUCUACACGGUUCUUGUACACCUCCAGAAACAGUGAUCUCAUCACCUCCCUGGGCAGCCUGUGCCAGCCUUGAUGCAGACAGGAUUCUCUUUGUGGGGAAGGUCUUUUUUAUUUAUUUAUUUAUUUAGGCCUGAUAUUUAUACAAAACAUUGCCAAAUAUUUCCUCUUCGUGACCUCCCUUUAUUUCUUAGCAUCCUUUUGGACUUUUUGAUACGAUAAAUUAAUAUCUAAGGGUGUUGUUAUGUACUGUUACUCCAUCAGUAUCCAAAGGCCUCCACUAGCACCGUUUUAAUAUGUAGAGCAUGCAGCACAAUUCAAGAUGUUCUCACCCUAAGAGAGCUUCAAAUUAAAUGAACAAAACAGACCCAGGUUGGGAGAAAGAGAUGUGUCUGGCAACAUAUUUGAUACCCAGUGACUGAGCCCAAUAUUGCAGAAGAACAGAGGAAGACCUUGGAAAAGUUCAAAAGACUGAAAAUUCAACUCACUAACAAAGUCAUUCUCCUUGAGCAAUCACUCAGCUGUAUGUGGCACAAUUAAACAGUUGCUGGCCUCAAGAGAGCACAAGCGUGACUCUAAACUAGCGAUUAAGUGUUCACUGGAGAGGGGGAGACAUAUGUUCCAGGCCUCUUUCCAGAGAAUAUACAACGUGAGAGAGUUAAGGAUUCAUUAGUGCACGCUUAUCCUCUCCCAUGUGAGUGUUCCUAACUGCUAGCCACCAAGCUGCGCUUCGUCUUUCCGGCCAAAAGAAUACUGAAAUAAUCUAUCUGAAGAGAAAUAGUUGAUGUGGGACUCAUUAGCAGCCCCUCUUUCAUACCAGAACAGACAACAGCACAGGAAAAGAGCAUCCAUAUGCGCAUGGAAACAGAUUCACCUUCUCCUGGCAAGUUAAAGCACCAUCUCCC